CAAAGCCUGCCCACAGCUCUCUGCCGUCCAGCCAGCGAGAUUGGACUGGAGCUGCAUCAGGGGGUUUUUUCUGCCUGGCCGCGUGGUGGCCAGGAUAUCGCUGCAGGCAUCAAGUCGUUCGAGAGACACAGCAACUCCACAAGGUUUGGUGGCCAUGCUUCGAUCCUCGAGUCGGGCACUGAGGCAUGGGACCUCGACGUCCUUCAGCCUGGGUUUUCGAAACGCGACCAAUCUCCGGCGAUUUCCUGCUCUCCAGGGCCUCAGAGCAGCGUCUACGGUGACCGAUCUGAAUGCUUACCCUUCUAUAGGAGAGAAGCUCCAUGGAUUCACCGUCCAGGAGAAGAAGCAUGUCCCAGAGCUCCAUCUAACUGCAGUUCGACUAAAGCAUGACAAUACCGAUGCUGAUUACCUGCAUGUCGCAAGAGAGGACAAGAAUAACGUAUUCGGCGUCGGGUUCAAGACGAAUCCGCCAGAUGCAACCGGUGUGCCUCAUAUACUCGAGCACACCACCCUCUGCGGGAGUGAAAAAUAUCCCGUCCGCGACCCCUUUUUCAAAAUGCUCCCUCGCUCUCUUUCCAAUUUCAUGAACGCGUUCACGUCCUCCGACCAUACCACUUAUCCUUUUGCCACCACCAACAAGAAAGACUUUCAAAAUCUCCUUUCGGUGUACCUCGAUGCUACCCUCCAUCCGCUCCUCAAGGAAGAAGACUUCAGGCAGGAAGGGUGGCGAUUGGGCCCCGAGAACCCCAGAGCUGCAGAACAGUCUGGAAAGAGCCCAGACGAGGCUGCUCCCGGUGACGAUAUAGUCUUCAAAGGUGUGGUCUACAAUGAAAUGAAGGGACAGAUCACGGACGCAAACUAUCUCUAUUAUAUCAAGUUCAAGGAGCAUAUCUUCCCGGCUAUAAACAACUCUGGUGGCGAUCCAGAAUACAUCACUGACCUGACUCACAAGCAACUCGUCAGCUUCUCCAAACAGAAUUACCAUCCCAGUAAUGCGAAAGUAUUCACUUAUGGAGAUAUGCCUCUUGCCGACCAUUUAAAACAGAUAGGAGCCGUCUUGGAUGGCUUCCAGAAGAAGUCUUCGAAACUAGACGUCAAGCUUCCAAGGGAUUUAAGUGCCGGACCUCUGAACUUCACUGUCGAGGGACCCAUGGAUCCGUUUACAAGCGAAGACAAGCAAUGCAAAUCUUCAGUCUCCUGGCGUGCAGGCGAUUCCACAGACGAAGUCGAAGUCUUCUCCCUCGGGAUUCUUUCCUCCUUGCUCCUGGAUGGAUAUGGCUCCCCGAUGUACAAGGCAUUGAUUGAAAGCGGGCUUGGCUCAUCCUUCACGCCCAAUACCGGUCUUGACACUUCCGGCAGGAUACCCAUCUUUUCUGUUGGGCUUAAUGGGGUGUCGGAAAGCGAUGUCCCGGCCGUCAAACAGCGGGUUGAACAGGUAUUCAAAGAAUGCAUGGAAACCGGCUUCAACAGGGAGAAAGUCUCGGGCUAUCUACAUCAGUUGGAGCUUGCGUUGAGACAUAAAACCGCCAACUUUGGGCUGGGAGUUAUGGAGAAGACCCUUUCCGCGUGGUUCAACGGAUUCAAUCCCACCAGAGAGCUCGCGUGGAACGACAUCAUCAGUGAGUUUGAAAAACGCUGGGGUAAGACGGGAUACUUGGAAAACUUGAUGAAAAAGUACUUCAUGAACGAUGAAUGCUUGACGUUUACAAUGAACGGUUCUCCAACGUACAACCAGGCAUUAGCCGAGAAGGAGAUGGCUCGCAAAGAAGCAAAGAUGGCCGAGUUAGCCGCUAAAUUCGGUUCGGCGGACGCGGCCAUCGAGCAACUCAAGAAGGAGGAGCUUGAGUUACUGAAGGUUCAGGAAUCAGCUCAAAAUGCCGACGUCAGCUGUUUGCCAACUCUUCAUACCAAAGACAUUCCAAGGGAGAUGGAGCGGAAACCGGUGAGAGAAUCGAAGAUUGAUGAUGUUGAGGUGGUUUGGCGAGAAGCACCUACCAAUGGUCUCUCUUAUAUCCAAGCGUUGAACGUAUAUUCUGAUAUUCCGGACGAAUUGAGAUUGUUGUUACCGCUAUUCAACGAGGCAGUAAUGCGCCUUGGGACUGCUCAAAGGACUAUGGAGCAAUGGGAAGACUUAAUCAAGCUUAAGACUGGCGGUGUUUCCUCUUCGACCUUCUCUGUCUCAUCGCCGUUGGUCCUAGGCAAUUUUACAGAAGGCCUACAAUUCACAGGCUAUGCCAUGGAUAAAAACGUGCCUGACAUGCUUGAAAUCAUCACAACACUUGUCACUGAGGCCGAUUUCUCGAGUGAAGCUGCACCAAAGAUGGUUCAGGAGCUGCUUCGCUCCAAUACCAACGGCGCCCUAGAUGCAGUUGCAGGUUCAGGUCACCGCUUUGCAGUCAAUGCCGCAGCAGCAGGUCUAUCCAAAAAUUUCUGGGUGCAGGAGCAGAAAGCUGGACUGCCUCAGAUCCAAGCUGUCGCCGACCUCCUCCGCGACGCCGAAAAUUCCCCGGAGAAACUUCGGCAACUCAUCGAGAAGCUACGUUUAAUUCAAUCUUUCGCCAUUUCCAAAUCUCCUAAACUCCGUAUCCGCGUUGUUUGCGAGUCAGGUAGUUCGGGCGAGAACGAAGCUAUUCUGCAACGCUGGCUAAGUCGACUCCCCAAGGCCAUUGCUCCACCCACCACCAGCGGUGCAACUAGCUUCAGUCCUUCGUCAAGCAAGAUCCUUUACGAUCUUCCAUUCCAGGUAUCGUACUCUGGCCUUGCACUCCGGACCACCCCGUUUACUGGCCCUGAUAGCGCUCCGUUGAGCGUUCUAUCGCAGCUCUUAACGCACAAAUAUCUUCACCCUGAAAUUCGAGAAAAGGGCGGCGCUUACGGUGCCGGAGCUUCUAAUGGCCCCAUCCAAGGUCUUUUCAGCUUCUCCAGCUAUCGGGAUCCGAACCCGAUGAACACUUUCAAGGUUUUCAACAACAGUGGUGUUUUUGCACGUGAUCGCACCUGGAUACAAAGAGAAUUAGACGAGGCCAAGCUUGGGAUCUUCCAAUCUCUGGAUGCUCCUAUGAGCGUUGAUGAGGAAGGACAGCGCUAUUUCCUGACGGGAGUUACUCAGGACAUGGACCAGCGCUGGCGAGAGCAGGUCUUGGAUGUCACUGCUCAAGAUGUGAACAGAGUUGCUCAGAAGUACCUCGUCGAAGGGACUGAGCGUGUAUUCUGCUUACUUGGAAAUAAGGAAAAUGCAUCCAACCUCGAUGGGUGGGACGUGAGAAAUAUGUCCAUGGGCAACGACGCGGAAUCAGCCGCGCUGGCCCAAGAUGCUGCUUCAGUGGAUGCAUAA